CCCGGAAGCCGCGGGCCCCGGCAGCUGAGGGGGAUGGCUGGGGCUCCGCGCUGAGGCGAGGACAGGUGGGCUGCGCCCAAGCGGGAGCCAGAGUCGGAGCGGAGCCCGAGCCGGAGCUCGAGCGGAGAAAAAUAAGAUGCUGCGAGGACUAUUCAGGUUCUCAUCCUCUGAGAGCUUCACUCUGGGGAAGAUGGACAUACAUACAAUCAACUGUUGUUCAGUGUUCAAAGAAAUCAGCUCAAAGGAGAAGAUAGUUAUUCCCAACCCAAGGAACAGGGAAGGCUUCCUGGAAGCACCUGUCUGCAUCUUCCCCCACCCAUCCCACGCAGUGCCUCACCUUUGCUCUGUCCAGCUACCAUGUCCACGCAGAGACUUCGGAAUGAGGACUACCAUGACUACAGCUCCACGGAUGUGAGCCCAGAGGAAAGCCCAUCCGAAGGCCUAAACAACUUCUCUUCCCAGGGCUCCUACCAGCGGUUUGGGGAAAGCAACAGCACAACAUGGUUCCAGACUUUGAUCCACCUGUUAAAAGGCAACAUUGGCACAGGACUCCUGGGGCUGCCUCUGGCAGUGAAAAAUGCUGGCAUCUUGAUCGGUCCCCUCAGCCUGCUGGUGAUGGGCAUCAUAGCUGUGCACUGCAUGAGUAUCCUGGUGAAAUGUGCUCACCACUUCUGCCGCAGAUUGAACAAGCCCUUUGUGGACUAUGGGGAGACAGUGAUGUACGGACUGGAAUCCAGCCCCAGCUCCUGGCUCCGGAACCACGCACACUGGGGAAGGCACAUUGUGGACUUCUUCCUGAUCGUCACACAGCUGGGAUUCUGCUGUGUCUAUUUUGUCUUUCUGGCUGACAACUUUAAACAGGUGAUAGAAGCAGCCAAUGGGACCACCAACAACUGCCACAACAAUGAGACAGUGAUUCUGACGCCCACCAUGGACUCGCGACUCUACAUGCUCUCCUUCCUGCCCUUCUUGGUGCUGCUGGUUUUUGUCAGGAACCUCCGAGUCCUGUCCAUCUUCUCUCUGUUGGCCAACAUCACCAUGCUGGUUAGCCUGGUUAUGCUCUACCAGUUCAUUGUCCAGAAUAUCCCAGACCCCAGUGGCCUCCCCUUGGUGGCACCCUGGAAGACCUACCCUUUGUUUUUUGGCACGGCCAUUUUUGCAUUUGAAGGCAUUGGGAUGGUUCUGCCCCUCGAAAACAAAAUGAAGGAUCCCCAGAAAUUUCCACUCAUCCUGUAUGUGGGAAUGGCCAUCGUCACUGCCCUCUACAUCAGUCUGGGGUGUCUGGGGUACCUGCAGUUUGGAGCUAAUAUCCAAGGGAGCAUAACCCUCAACCUGCCCAAUUGCUGGCUGUACCAGUCGGUCAAGCUGCUAUACUCCGUCGGCAUCUUCUUCACCUAUGCCCUCCAGUUCUAUGUCCCAGCUGAGAUCAUCAUCCCUUUCUUUGUGUCCCGCGUUCCCGAGCAUUGGGAGCUGGUGGUAGACCUGUCCGUGCGCACCAUGCUGGUCUGCCUGACGUGCAUCUUGGCCAUCCUCAUCCCCCGCCUGGACCUGGUCAUCUCCCUGGUGGGGUCCGUGAGCAGCAGUGCCCUGGCCCUCAUCAUCCCGCCCCUCCUGGAGAUCACCACCUACUACUCGGAGGGCAUGAGCCCCCUCACCAUCGCCAAGGACGCCCUGAUCAGCAUCCUGGGCUUCGUGGGCUUUGUGGUGGGGACCUAUGAGGCCCUCUACGAGCUGAUCCAGCCAAGCAGUGCUCCCAUCUUCAUCAACUCCACCGGUGCCUUUGUAUAGCGAUCUGGGUGCAUUCCCUGCAGCUGCCCACCCCACCCCUGUGUGUUCCCUAGCACCUGGCCCCAGAACCUCAGGUAGGGGUCAGGCUCUGGGGAAAGGCAAGGUUGCUGUUGGGGAACCCCUCUACCUGACACCUUGGUACCCUGGGCCAGGUGGGGCUGAGGGCAGGGGAGGGAGUGGGUAGCAGAUAUGCAGAAGUCCCUCUUAGUGGCCGUGCCAUCCCUGUUCAUUUGUACUUAAUUUAACCCAGAACUUUUCAACUUUUUUCCCUCAUCAUGUCUCCUCCCUUACUGCCCCCCCUCCUUCUGACUCACCUCACCCAAAUUAUUCCUGUCGCACAGUUCACUUUAUUUAAAAAUCUUAGCAUCCCCCACCUCAUGUUUUCUCCUUUCCAGGCCCAGGCCUGGAUUAAAUGAGUGGGAACCCCCUCUCCUUAUAAGGCUGGGCCUAUCUCUUUCUCAGACCUCUCCCAAAUAUUUUACCUCAGUAUCCUCCUACCUAUUUAAGUCUCUAGGAGGUGUCUGGACCUACCUAGUAGUUUAAAACCAGUCCCCAAAGCUGGAGCUUUUAAUCUUUACUCUCUCUGGCAUGUGACCCUCAGCAACACCUUCUCAGAAUUCCUCGCGUGGGUCACAAUAUUGUAUUCUUAGUUGCUUUAGCUUCUGAAAGAUAUCAAGUGCUGCCUAAAUUGAAAAUAUUUAUAUUUUAUUUAAAAUUAGCUUCUGUUUUUAGACUCUUGUCUCUAGAUCUGGGGUUAUUGUGAACUAUUCCUUCCUCAGUAAACUUUUACUAGGCUUCUCCUGCUGAAAAGAAACUUGCUCCAGGAAAUGUGAGCUUAGGUCCUCAGCACUGUUGGCUGAGUACCCCAAAGGUUUUAAUCAGGAUCAUCUAAAUGUGUACCUCUGUAGGGAGGCAUGCACUUUGCCUCCCACUGACCAGCCCGAUUUCACGUUGAGAAGAUAUGAAGGACUCAGGAUACAUUUGUCAGUGCACGAGGCCGAGGAAAAGAUGGCCAAGUGGGAUGUGCUCCUGUCCACAGGAGGCUUAUUAAAUGGUCGCUUUGUGCAUUCAGACCUGUUUUUCAGCCUCAGCCCCUGAUAGGCACAGGGCCCAGUAGCGUUUUGUUGCCAGCAUAUCAGGAAGACACCCACACUUUGCCAUGGAUGAGAAGAUGAGGCCAGUGUGCGCAGAAAGUGUGAAAUUAAGUUCAUAGAAUUAAGAAGCAGCUGGUCUGACACUAUGUGUGGUGCUUGGUUGUUUACAAUCAACGAGGGCCAGGGCAGAAGCAGUGCCCCGCCCCAAGCUGCCUCCAUGACCUAGACUUCUAAAGGGAACCACUUGGUAGGGACUUAGGUAGGGACUUAGGUCCCCUGUGUUCUAAACACUAAUUGUGACCCUGCCCCUCCCCUGCAUGCUCGUAAGGGCUGUGAUCCCCCACACCCCAGCCCCAGCUUUUUCUUUCUCUUCUUUUCCAAAGCCACAUCCUCAUUGCAGUGACUCCUAACCUACUAAUAAUUUAUUAACUUAGGGAGAUGUGAUCAGUUGUGACUUGGUCUCCCUUAGGAGAAUGAUACUUUUCACCCACCCUUUCUGUGGUCACCAGCAGGUGCUUAUAUGACUGAGGCUCUAGCUGGAUGUGGCAGCGGUCCUGCUCUGUGAAGCCUCAGGCCAAGAAGUCACCAAAGUGGGUUCAAGGAUUGUCCUCUUCUGUGUGCAAGCUCCAGGCUCCAGCCAUCUUUCCACGGCAGUCCUGAGAGUUGUUUGCAGUAAGAAGGCGUGUGCCAGUAGAAGGAUCAGAUGUGUGUCCUGCCCACAGCUUCUGUGCUGGAAGCUUCUGUGACUCGGGGAGCUGCUAGAGGUUGUUUCUUGUCCAGGUGGGAAUUAAGACGACCUGAGGACCGGGCAGUACAAAACUGUGGUCCCCUGGCCCCAGGUCUUCGCAAAAUGCGAAUUAUUGCUUCAGGGCUCCUGGCCUGGAAAAUGUGGGGUGUAGGAGUGAUGGCACUAGCUUCGGGGCUUCUGGAAGCUAAUUUGGCAUGGCCUUCUCCCUUUUGGUUCUUUUUCCUGUGCUCCUGCUGCUUCAGAAGACCUAGGCAGGCAGGGUGGAUCCUGUCAAAGGGCCUUUCCGGUUGUGCAUUUAGGUGUCAAGUAAAGGGUCAGCCAGAAGAUGGAAGUGAGAGGAAGCCCUCUUUCUUCUGGAAGCAGCCCUCUGAGCCAGCUUAGGGAAGUUUAAUCUUCUGCCCACGAGGCUUCUUCAGUCAGGGAGCCUGCCCUGGUUUCUUCCCAUUGCUCAUUAGGAACCAGCUGCCCAGCUUCUCCCUGUGCCCUGCUCUGGUGCCUGGUAAAAAGGGCCCAGCAUAAGCAGAAGUCUGAUCAAGAACAACAGAGCAACGCUCUCUGGAGUGUGAGGAUGCAUCUGCGGGACCAGAAGCAAAACAUGGGACUUUUUGGCCCUAUACUGUUAGACACUGUGUCCUUCCCCCAGGCUCCCCAGUGCAGCCUCAGAUUUCCAUUAGCCCUGAGUUAGCUUCUCCAAGCCCCUUGUUCCCUCCUGUAAAUGCUGCUGUUGGGAGAUUUCCAACUCUCUUUUGGCAGCAUACCUCCCCUUAUAUGCAGGUAUUUGCUGGGAAGAGCAUGAUCUGGUGUCUUCUGUUUAAUUUUCCUAGAAGUUGUCACCACUCACAAAUGUCAUUAUUUAUAUUGUGCUGCUGUCUGUCUGCUGUGAGCCCCUCAGCUGCACACACACUGGCCAGGUGUAUGUGAAUGUGUGGUGUGUCUUAGCUCAGAACCCACAGCUCACGCCCUCCCUUUCUGCCCCUCACCUCUCCAGCCAAAUUCAUUGGCUGGUGCUCACUGCUUCCUCUACCCUCGUGAAAGGUACACUUCGCUAUUUUUUCAGUUGUCUUUAAGUGAUGAUCCCAGAAAGGAGCCUUAGGAAAUCUGUCCCCCUUCCCUGUUCUCCUGGCUUACUUUUUUCUUCAUAAAUGUCUCCCUUCCGAAAUUGUAGCAUAUCAUCUUUGUUUAACACUACAUAUUCACCGCAUGUUUUUUAGAAGUGCAAAAUCUCACUUUAUGUCUGUUUACAGCUCUCUCUGUUCACUCAUCACUCACAGCCAAGGGGUCCAUAUCAGUGGGUUUUAUUUCGUAGCUGAUUGGGUGUUAAGGCAGGCCCCAGCAUCGGCCCUGAUCGGAACACAAAGCUACUUCCUGACAUCAGAGACACAAAGUGCCAGUGGCACGAUGUGAUUAGGGAGUUGGCUCCAAGUCUGCCUUAGAAUUAAAUUUUCCGAAGUACUUUACAAAUCUCCAAGACCAUUAGGGGAAAAGGAGAGGGUGUGGUUUGUCUUUGAAAUCAUGGUCAGUACUUUUAGACAAUUUAAUUAGUCCUGCUGUUUGCAAGGCUAUUUGCUUUGACAGCAUCAGCUUGUCAUAUUUCUUCCCUGUUCUUUGUACCACUGGGCCAUUCUCAGGUGCUGAUAUGUGGUUACCAGAGUGGGGAGUGGGGGAUGAGGGCGCAGGGUGCCUAUUUUAAGCCGUGUUCUUUUGUUUAAACAGGGUGAUGCUGGGGAAGCUGUUUUGUUUUAGUGAACAAUAAAAUUAUGUAACUCUCUUGUAAACCAUGUCAAUGAAUGUGUGAAUAAGAUGAAUAUGAGAAACUGCCAUCCCCAGGUCUUGGUAACCAGACAGUACUGCGUAUAUUAUCCUGUGUAUGUGCCUACAUGGAUGUCUAUUUCUCGCAUGGUAUGUAUAGAGAUGUAGACCAUGCAGGAGCUCACAGAAGAAAUUGUUUUGGGUUCUGCACAUGGAUUAUGUGUUAAACUUUUCUUUUAUCAAUAAAUGAGUUUUAUUUUUUA